UUUAGAGAAACCGUCUCCUGAGAGGAGGAGUUUUCCCACCGUCUCUCGGCUCCCAGCAGGUUUAUAAAGACCAGGUGAGCAGCUCAGGUACAGCAGCUCAGGUACAGCAGCCUUCAGCCGCCCAGAAGAUCCAACCAGCUAAUCAAUCACCUGCCUACAGGAGCCAAAGAUGACGCAGUACAUCACUGACAUCAAUGUUUCUGUGACCCACAAUGAGGAGCUCAAGUUACGUAAAAGUGGCUUCACCCAACUUCCUGUUAAUCUGAACUCAGGAACAGGAGGAAACACAAUCUAUCUCUGGUACAAAACCGGUACCUGUGGAGCGAUCACCAGGAUCCAGUUUUCCUUCACUAAUGCGAUGAAACAAGGUCUGAUUGAUGAAGGGUACUACCAGGUUGAAAAUAAUCUCAACACAGGAACCUGUGGCAGCCCCAUCUACCUGUGGUACAUGAAAGGUUCUUCUCCAUAUGAUGUCCCAAUCGUGGAGCUGGACCUGACCACUAAUGCAGAAGAGGACGCCAAGAAGUCCCAGCCUCUGUGGGAGAGGUCAGCCUGCGACCUGAACCGUGGAGCUAGAGGAGAUUGGCUCUACCUGUGGAUGAAGAGGGAGCAUCAAACCUACAUCUGUGACAUCCAGGCCACCAACAAUCCUUCUUCAGAUGCCAACUUGUUCCGUCAAGGUUACACCCGAAUAGAUGAAGACACCAACAGAAGUGCAGGUGGGCCUUACGUCUUCAUCUGGUACCGACAGAGCACCGAUGAGAAUAAGGCCAUCAGAGAUCUGCAGGUCUCCAUUGAUCAGGCGUCCGAAAGGAGCUAUGAGAACCAACUCUACGAGCAAGUGAAAAUAAACCUGAAUGAGGGAACCAAAGGAACCCCGGUGUACCUGUGGUACAAGAAGACGGACUGCAGCAAAGAUCCCAUCAAGCUGCUCACCCUGAUCUUCAACAUGGCCUCAACAACCACCUAUGAGAACGCCGGCAUCAACGUCAUUGAGAAAAACCUCAACACUAAUAAUUCAGGCAUGAAAGAGUUUGUGUGUUAUAAGUAGAGGGUCCUGAUUAUUCUGAGCAUGCUCAGUGAGAGCAAAUAUCCCUCUAUUCUGAUCAUAUCUUCAUCAUAUCCAGCUGUUAUCUUCUGCAAAAUGAUUUGCUACCUGAAACUUUCUCUGAAUUUCAUACUGUCUUAAUAAAGUUGAGCAUCUGAUCA